CCAAACGGCGACGUGGUGAGAGCGGUAGGACAACGAGGUCGACGCGGGUAUUGUACCAGACGUAUAAUAGGAACCCAAAUUGGUCAACAGAGUUCGGGUGUAAGGGGUGAGGUAAAAGGGGAAAAGAUGAAGGGAUCUCGAGACAAGUGUGCGAGAGGGAAGCAGCGGAACUUAUGGUGGGCAGCGGACGCGGAGAAGGAAGUAGAGAGAUGUAACGGGCGGCGCAAGACGGGCAAAUAG